AAAUUAUAUACAAACACACAUAUCGAUAUCUAAAACUAAAAUAACUAUCACCACUAAAAGGUAAAAAAAAUGCCAAAAGAGCACGCCAGCAAGGACAAGGAGUGUGGAUGCGCGGUGAAGAAGAUCUAUCUUCUGCUCUACAACUCCACGAUGUGCGCCGGCUGGGCCACAAUUCUGUACAAAGUCGCCGAGCACCUCCUGCAGGGCGGCAGGUCGGAAACCCUUUACGAGAAGAUCGCCCUCCCUCUCGUGGUCUUCCAAACCGGCGCCGUGGCCGAGAUCCUGCACGCGAUGUUCGGCCUCGUGCGCAGCCCCGUCGGGACGACCUUCCUGCAGGUGCUGUCCCGCCUGCUCGUCCUCUACGGAGCCGUGCGAGUUGGUGAAGGCCCCUCACGGCGAGACCCCGCCUUUCUCCAGAUGAUCGUGGCCUGGGCCCUAAGCGAGAUUGUUCGCUAUUCCUUCUACGGGACGAACCUCCUGGGGGCAAGCACGCAGAUUCUGACCUGGCUGCGCUACUCGGCCUUUAUGCUGCUUUACCCACUCGGGAUCACCGGGGAGGCGAUGUGCCUUUACAAGGCCCUAGACCUGAUUAAGAAAAACAAGCCAUGGUCCGUUGAGCUGCCCAACAAAAUGAAUUUCACCUUCUCGUGGUAUAAUGGUGUACGGGUUCUUCUCGCAACCUACCCGCUUGGAUCGUAUAUCAUGUACACGUAUAUGCUUUCUCAGCGGCGAAAGACGCUAAACAAGAAUGCCGAAGCUGGAAAACAUAAAGCGCAAUAG